AUGAACAAACAAACUUUCUACGGGCCAUGGGGCUCUUUUCUUGCAUAUGGCGCACGCGAGCGAGCAAACCGGUGCAAACAACUGGUCUUUUCAAAACAUGAUAUCAUCGUCUCUUUCUUAGUGCCAGCUCCAAUGUUUAUAUACAUAACUAUGUAGCACUAUAGCUCUUGAACACUGUUUCCUUUGUUACGAA